AUGAUGCUAUCACCUUCGGAUGCCAUCCAUCUGGGUUCCCCACCCUUGGAGCUAGAACGGCAGCAACACUUUCAUCAUCCCUUUGGCAACUUGGAUCGAAGGCUCGUCUGUUUGGAACAGGAACUCAUCCCCCUUGAGAAAUUUGCCAGAGGAUCUUUUUCAUCUUGUUCAUCUUCAUACCAGGACGCACAGGAAUUUCAUGAUGCCUACCAUCAUUCACUCUCCCGAGGUUUUGGAAAGGACGAUACCUCAUCUGCCCACAUUGGGAGUUAUUACACUGGCGCAUUCGAAUACCCGUCGCCGCUGUCUCAUGGAGUAGCCUCUUUAUCCGGGACCGAUGACCGUUCCCCAAGUCCGGUCUAUGUACCAUUUGCGUUUUCCAUGGAUACCAGUCCGGGUUUCCCGCGAUGGGGAGGUGGUGACGCCACAGGCUAUGGGUCUAUUAUCCCACAUGAAGUUCUCCAUGAAGCCAAGUAUCUGGAGCCAGUCACCCCCGUGGAGCAGAAGGUGUCACAGAUAUACCCUUGUGCGAGCGUCGACCAAAUAAAAGACGAAACUCUCAACGACCUUGCAAUAAAUGACGACGUUGACGCCGACGGCGAGCUUGAUGCAAUGUGCAUUGAUCGAGAGGAAUCGAAACCAGUUCUGACUAACCACAGAGCCCCAAAAAGCAUAACACCCAAAAUGAAGAAAGGCGUCCGGGAUAGUGGCAGCCGGAAGUGCGCUACUGUUGCAACUUCGACGGCAACAUCAGUUCCCAAAUCACCCAUACGCAAACGACCAACUGCAUCACGCAAAUCCAGCCAGACCACCACCAGAAACACAAAGGUCCGCUCAGUCAAAGAGACCACCACAUCGUCCUCUUCCGCCGCCGCCGACCGCGACCGCGAAAAGAUAUACAGCUGCAGUUUCAAGCAAUACGGCUGCGAAAGCACAUUCCGCACCAAAAACGAAUGGAAGCGUCAUUUUGCCUCCCAACACCUCAAACUCGAAAACUACCGCUGUGAUCUCAAGGGCUGCGAGGCCACCUCCAGAGGCCCGAAUGAUUUCAAUCGCAAAGAUCUAUUUACUCAGCACCUUCGGCGGAUGCAUGCCCCCUGGACCGGGCGAAAGACUAGCCCAACAGCCGCAGAGAAGGCGGAAUUUGAAGCUACACUUGACGAGCAUGCGCGUCGAUGCCUGAAACCAUUACGAGCCCCUCCUGCAAAAACGAGUUGCGCUGAAUGCCACCAUAUCGUGUUUACAGACUGGUCGAAGCGCAUGGAGCAUAUGAGUCAGCAUUACGAGCAAAAUCCGCACUUUGAGGAGGCGAGAGAUCCGGAACUAGAGCGUUGGGCUUUUGAAGAGAAGAUCUUGUGUCAAAGCGGCUCGUCCYCGAGUGAGCUUGUACUGGCCGAUUUGAUUCACAAGCGUCGCUAA